GUUGGGGAGUUCAUUGACGCUCCCUCGCUAGGGUGUUACCCAGCAAGGCUGGUGAGGAGACCGUAGCUGGAGGAACGGAAACGCCACCCUAGAGGAUAACGUAGCGCGUUUCCUUCCUAUUUCUUUGAUGUUAAGCCUCCCAGCUGGAUCUAGGUUGUUGACUCCAUCGCUUCUUCUGGGUUUUGUCUUGUCGGGGAUGCUGGGUGUGUCAGACAUGACGGGCAGCAAUAUGGCCAAUGCCCUGGCAAACGCCGCGUGUGAACGUUGCAAGAGCGGCUUUGCCCCAGCAGAGAAGAUCGUCAACAGCAACGGCGAGCUGUACCACGAGCAGUGCUUUGUGUGUGCUCAGUGUUUCCAGCAGUUUCCAGAGGGACUCUUCUACGAGUUUGAAGGCAGGAAGUACUGCGAGCAUGACUUCCAAAUGCUCUUUGCACCCUGCUGUCAUCAGUGUGGAGAGUUCAUCAUUGGCCGGGUGAUCAAAGCCAUGAACAACAGCUGGCACCCUGACUGCUUCUGCUGUGACAUCUGCCAGGCUGUGCUUGCUGACGUUGGAUUUGUCAAGAAUGCUGGCCGGCAUUUGUGUCGCCCGUGCCAUAAUCGGGAAAAGGCGCGUGGUUUGGGGAAGUACAUCUGUCAGAAAUGCCAUGCUAUCAUUGAAGAGCAGCCUCUCAUCUUCAAGAACGACCCCUACCACCCAGACCACUUCAACUGCAGCAACUGCGGCAAGGAGUUGAGCGCGGACGCUCGGGAGCUCAAAGGAGAGCUCUACUGCCUCCCGUGUCAUGAUAAAAUGGGCGUGCCAAUCUGUGGAGCCUGCAGGCGGCCAAUCGAAGGACGCGUGGUCAACGCCAUGGGCAAGCAGUGGCAUGUUGAGCAUUUCGUGUGUGCUAAGUGUGAAAAACCCUUCCUGGGUCAUCGCCAUUAUGAGAGGAAAGGUCUGGCAUACUGUGAGACCCACUACAACCAGCUUUUCGGUGAUGUCUGCUACCACUGCAACCGAGUGAUUGAAGGGGAUGUUGUGUCUGCACUGAACAAGGCCUGGUGUGUCAACUGUUUCUCCUGUUCCACCUGUAACACCAAGCUCACGCUGAAAAACAAGUUUGUGGAGUUUGAUAUGAAGCCGGUGUGUAAGAAAUGCUAUGAGAAGUUUCCCCUGGAGCUGAAGAAGAGGCUGAAGAAGCUCGCUGAAACCGUGGGCCGCAAGUAGACCUCCAACACCCGUAGGGGCAACGGAGACAAGUAGCAGGUUCUUUUACGAUGAAGGCUGCGUUCUAGCUUUAAAACACUUUUGCAUUACAGCUUUCAGAGGUUUGCAGUACUGCUGUGUGGUGUUAGAUGGUUCUGUCAGGGACCACUGACUGAAUGGAAACACUUGAUUUGCUUAUUGUUUUCUUGUGGGUUCACUUCAGAGCUGAUUUAGGAAGCGUUCAGCCAUGUGCCUCAGCCCUUUUAUUUAUCGGAUUACUUAAACCAAAAGCAAAGUGUUUUUUAUUUUACUCUAUAGAUACUUAUGGAUACUGUAGCCUGUCUAGAUAUAAUAUGCUUUUAUUUACUAUAUGCAAAAUGAAAAACUGCAUCUAAGGAGUUCAUUGUAAUCGGUGACUUGUCUCCUUUGUAUUUUACAUAUGCAGGUGACGUAUUACUUGUGAUUUAAAGGCCAUUGCGGUCUGAAUGAACCUAGCAGGCAACACUGCAUUUAUUAUAUAGCCUAAAGUGGUUUGCUUUGAUAGAUUUAUUUUAAAACUGUGUUAAAGUGGUCUAUUCAGUGGAUGCCCAGUAUAUUGUGGCAGAAACCAUUCACUCUCUAAUGAAUAGGGAACAGACCUGUGGACAGCUUGCUUAAGCAUGUACCAAGUACUUGGUCAAACGUCUGCCUUUUUACCAUAUCAUCACACUCCUAAUCUUAGUCAGCACCAGUGUGAUUACGCCUUAUUACUGUUAAUGGAAGGGUUUAUUGCAGUGUAGGCCUACUGUGUUGUAGUAGUUGAUGGUUUGGAGAUGCCUAAGCUUGACUGUAAUCACCUCUGUCCUCUUAAUCUUUAACAUUGAAUUUGUUUUUAACCUGUGUAAAGGCUUAUUCUGUUUAUAAUUGUUUCUUUAAAAAGUAAAACAUAUUCCUUAUGCUCUUUUUUUACCAUUAUCGAAUAUGGGGCUUGUUUGUAUACUCACAAGUGUCCCAUUGCUAUUCGAGGAUGUUAUGAAUUUGAGAAGCAUUAUUCUCUUCAUUUGAGGGGAUGAGCAGACCGUUGUUAUUUAGUGCAUCAGUGGUUCGGCAUAGCAGAGAUUUUGGUGUGUUGCUCCUCAUCCACUCGCUGCGUAUUGUGUUCUCCAACUGCUAAGUUCCGGUUUGCUAAACUGUGUGUUUAUGCUGCGGGAUGGGUUUGCUCCGUGUCUGCUGUCGGUUCACUGAUGAGAAAAUGCUCGUCUCUUCUGUCUGUGGCAGUUUGAGUUUCUCGUGUAUCUGUCUAACUUCACCCUGCUCAUGGAGGAUGGGAAGGUGUAGAGGUUGUUGGACUACCACUGGUCAUGUAUGUCUUGGACCAAAAUUGCAGCACAUCAGACAGGACCAGAACUGUUUUUGAGUCUGUUUUGUUUAAUGUGUCUUGUGAUUAUUUUCCCCCUCACUGUUCUGUUUGCAUCAGUUGAUUCCUAGUUCUGGCUAACAUGGCUAAUGAUUGCACACAGAAGACAACAUAAACAAUGUUGAUUUAUGUGUUUGGAUAAUCUAUAACCCAGCCUCAGUCAUUAAAUAUGUGCAUAGAAAUACUCUCUGAGCUUGUUUUGCAUGUUGGCACUGCUUAAUAUCACUGAGAGUCUUAUUUGCUGUGUGAUUUUUACAUCACUGGUGGUUCAAGUAUAUGGAAAUAAAAAUAUGCACUCACUGUU